ACGAUCUGUCAAACACAUCGUCGUCGAAAAGGUGGUGCAUCGUUUCUAGAUUGGUGGUUUGAAAAGUUUGAAUUUAACGUGAAAUUAAAGUUUAUUACGUGCAAAAACACUGUAAAAGUGUACAUUGAUACUGAAAAUAUCUUAAAAUUAUAAAGUGGUGCAGUGAGGUGUGAAAAAAUUGGUUUUAAACAGCAAUUUGCAGCUGCACCUGUGGGGUGCAGAAGCUGAAAUCAAAGAUGGACGACAAACGCGAUGGUAAAAAGAAAGAUAAAAAAUCGAGGAAAUCGCGUAGCGUAAGCCGUGAUAACCGUCGGUCGCCGUCACGCAGCCCAAGUUACAGCCGGAGGCGGAGGGACCGUAGUCGCAGCAGGGAUCGUAUGCGGAGGCGUUCGCCAAGUCCACCACCGAUGCGAAGGCGAGGCCGUGGCCGGCGCAGUCCCAGUCGUAGUCCUCCUCCUCCACCACCGAUGCAGGUGGCGCCGCCGCCACCGAUGAUCGGGAACCCGGCUGCUGUGGCCGCUUCUGCUUACAUGGGAGCGGCCCCACCGAUGUACGAUGCCUAUGGGGGCUAUGUCGUUCCGCCGCCGCCUCCGCCGGCCUACAUGGGAGACAUGGGCGCCGGUUACGGUGGGUACGAUUACGGUGCUCCGCAGGGUGGGCCUCCGCCACCGGUAGAUGCCUACGGCGGUAUGAUGACGGCCCCAGGGUCAAUGAUGAUAGGACAGCCGGGGCCACCGGGGGCGGAGUACGGAGCGACCGGGUGGGCCGUGCAGGAAACCGAAGAGGAAAAGCGAAAGAGAGAAGCCGCGAUCGCACUGGAGGUUCGCAACCAGCGUGCCUCGCUGAAGAAACAACGGGACGACUACCGGCGCCGUGCCAGUGCCCUGAAACGGGAACUGAAAACCCUGAAAGAGCAACGAUCGGAUCUCUGUUCCGGGCGUGAUCCUCCCUCCCCAACGACCAACAGUUUUGUCAAGGAAAACGAUAAACUGCAGUCCCAGAUCCAGAGCAAGAUCAGCACGAUCGAGAACGUGAUCGACAUGUUGGACGGAAUCAUUGGGAAGGACAAGAGCCCGACGCCUCCGCCGCCACCCAUGUCCGAAGGAGGAGGAGACGGAUCAGGAGCAGCAAGAGGAGAUUCCGUCAAAAAGGGCUCCAGGAGCCCGAGCAAGGAACGAUCGAGCAAGCCGGCACGGUCGGAGUCCGGAUCGCCCGAACGGCUCAAGAAGGAAGUGCUGCAGACGAUGAAGCGCAAGGACAAGAAGGACGAGAAGCCCGGAGUAAAAACCGACCCGAACGAAACGGACAGCAAGCGCAAGCCGCAGUUCAACUACAUCUACUACGAUCCGGAACUGCACUGGUGCUCGGUAUGUGACAUCUUCCCCAAAACGGCCAAGGAAUACCUCAACCAUCUGCACUCGGAGCAGCACCGGUCCCGGCUGACCGGCGAAGUGUCGAAGGAUUUCCCCUGGCGGGAAAAACAGACCCCGGAGGAUAUGGCCAAAACCGAUCCGGAUCUGCCGAGCAAGCGGACUCCCAUCCGUGGGCUGCAGUUCUUCGUACCGGCCACGGCUUGGUAUUGCAAGAUUUGCGACUACUGGAUGGGCGAUCUCCCGAGUGCUUCGGCCCAUUUGAAAUCGCAGAAGCAUGGAGAUAACUAUACGGACUACCUCGACUCCCAUACCAACUUCGAGAUCGACUGGAUGUCCGAUCGGCAGAAAGCGUACGAGAAGAUGCGGGACACCGAUCGCCAACAGCAGCAAGCGAGCACCACGACGACCGACGAUGCCACCCCGGCAGCUGUUCUACCAGUCGUCGGAGGAGGUGACGUAGAUUUCCUAACCGGAUCUUCUUUGCAGAAGUCGUCCACCGAAUCCAGCGAAGGUAAGAAGCGCAAGAAGAGCAAAGAAGAGAAGAAGGAAAAGAAGAAGAAGAAGCGCUCCAAGAAGAAGAAGAAACGGGCGGUUUCCUCGAGCAGUUCCAGUUCCAGCUCCAGUUCGGAUUCGGACUCGGACCAGAAGAGCACCAAGGGCGACGGAUUCGAUCCGGCCACGUCGAUUCGAGUGGCGAUGCGAAACCUUCUGAAAGCUCAGGAAGCAGCGAAGGAUGCCCAACAGACCCACCAGCCGGAGGAAUCCACAGCCGGCAAAUGGACCGUGGUUCAAACGGCAUCGGUUCCGAAGGAACUGGCCGCUCCACCCCCGCCGUUUAUGACGGACGGAGCCGAAAGUAGGGAGAAGAAGCGGGACGAGCUGAUGAUUUCCCAGUGGGUAACUCCGGAUCCGAUCAUCUCCGAGUCGGAGAAGAAACUUCUGGAGCAGUUGAAAGGUAAGUUGAAGAAACGGGACGAUGGACCGUCGGGUUCGGGUCGCCAUCAUGAUGAUCGUUCUGAGGACAGUCACAGUCGCCGCAGCAAAUCCAAGACGCCACCGUGGCGCCGAGGUAGUCCAGGACGUCGUGGAAACAGCAGGAGUCCAGUAAGACGUUCCAGCCGAAGCCCCAUUAGGCGAGGAGGUUUCCGACGAAGUCCCAUCGAUCGAAGGCGUGAUCGGGACUUUGAUCGCGGACGGUUCGACCGGAGAAGGCGCAGUAGAUCUCGAGGACGGCGAAGUCCCAGCUAUGGACGGGGUAGAUUCCGCAUGAGGAGGUCCUAUUCUCGGUCCAGAUCUCGAUCCCGGUCGCGUGGUCGCCGGGUGAUCGAGAAACCGAUCGUCAACUUCCCUCCGGAACCGAAACCCAAGCCGGAAAAGAAGAUCAAGGAGAAGAAGGACGAGGACAAGAAGGAGAAGAAACCGGUCACGUUAGCCAUCGGCCAGAAAAAGUUGCCAUUCAUCGGCAGGAUGCCAGUAUUCAAAAAACAACAGCAGGAGGCUAAGAAAGAAGAGGCAGCACCGGCGGAGAAAGCCACCGGAAAAGCUUCCGUCAGCGUAGAAAACGGAACCAAGCACAUACCAGAAGAAUUUGUCGAUAUGAUGCCGGAUCCGUACCAAUACGUGGCCUUGAUGGGGGCACCUCCGCCUCCACCAGCCCAUCCGAGCAAACCGGAUAGCAUUCUUCCGCCCGGAAUCGAUGAGGCGGAAGCAGAUCUCGUACCGAAACCAAUCAGCGACGCCCCCAUUCCUCGCAAGGGACCACUCCCCAAAGAUUUCCAGGAGGCCCUCGAUAUCCUCUUCGACGGUGACAAACCCAAGCCGGCGGAGCUCAUCGCCAGCGAGACCAAACCUCCGGAACUGAUGCCCCCGAUUCCGGUCGUCCCGAUCAUGGACACCGACCAGCCGCAGAUGAUCGUGCCGGAAGCGAUCGAGAUCUACAACCAGCAGAUUGCCGCCCAGUACAGUUCCGCGGUUGUAUCCGCCCCGGCCAUCGCCUACGAUGACGAAUCGCAGAACCAACCGCUGGAAAUGGGGUCCAACGCGGAUCAUUCGUCGGAUUCACUUCCUCCGGUCCGUGCCGAGGGAUCGCCUCCAUUACCACCAUCGAGCGAAAACGACGAUGGCAGUGGCGGAUCGGAACCGAUUCCACAGGCGCCUCCACCGCCGGAAAUCGAAAACGAGGAAACGCGGCGGAAGCGGGCCGAGUUGGAGGAGCUGGCCAUGUUGGGCAUCGAUGCCGACGAUAUGGCGGCGCAGAUUUUCUAACUUUCUAGGUUAUGCGGAGAAAAUGGUGAGCUCGUUUCAUUCUUAGGUUCCUUCCGUUGUUGGUGGGAGGGUUUGCGUGCGCAGUUUUGGACGUUUAUAUCCAUUUUAUUACACCAAACACUUAUCCUGCUUCGAUGUUUUGUAAGUCAUCACGUGUCUUUUGUGAGGAGGCAUCAGUAAGUAAUGUAUUCAAAGAAUAUCCGAUUGAGAUAUCCAAAAUACGAUCCUUGAUUCCAAUAUACGACUGUUGAAAGUA